GACUUCCCUAUUCUGUGCCAGACAUGUCUUGGAGAAAACCCGUAUAUUCGAAUGACGAAAGAAAAAUAUGGAAAAGAAUGCAAGAUUUGUGCCAGGCCCUUCACAGUCUUCCGCUGGUGCCCGGGUGUUCGGAUGCGCUUCAAGAAGACGGAAGUGUGUCAGACGUGCAGCAAGCUGAAGAACGUCUGUCAGACCUGUCUGCUUGACCUGGAAUAUGGUUUGCCUAUUCAAGUCCGGGAUGCAGGACUCUCCCUUAAGGAUGAAAUGCCCAAGUCUGACGUCAAUAAAGAAUAUUACACCCAGAACAUGGAGCGAGAGAUAUCCAAUUCUGACGGCACCAGACCAGUUGGUGCGCUGGGAAAAGCUACUUCUACCAGUGACAUGCUGCUGAAGCUGGCUCGGACCACUCCUUACUAUAAACGAAACCGUCCUCACAUCUGCUCCUUCUGGGUAAAAGGAGAGUGCAAGAGAGGAGAAGAGUGUCCCUACAGACACGAGAAACCGACAGAUCCAGACGAUCCUCUGGCUGAUCAGAACAUCAAAGAUCGUUACUAUGGAAUUAAUGAUCCUGUGGCUGAUAAACUUCUGAAACGAGCAUCGACCAUGCCUCGUCUAGACCCACCUGAUGACAAGACUAUUACUACACUCUAUGUUGGAGGGCUUGGAGAUACCAUCACCGAAUCGGAUCUCAGAAAUCACUUCUACCAGUUUGGGGAGAUCCGGACGGUAACUGUGGUGCAGAGGCAACAGUGUGCCUUCAUCCAGUUUGCCACCCGGCAGGCUGCGGAAGUGGCUGCCGAGAAAUCCUUCAACAAACUCAUUGUCAACGGCCGCAGGCUCAACGUCAAAUGGGGAAGGUCCCAGGCAGCAAGAGGAAAAGAAAAGGACAAGGAAGGUACUACAGAGUCUGGGAUAAAGCUGGAGCCAGUUCCCGGACUUCCUGGAGCUCUUCCCCCUCCUCCAGCCGCGGAAGAGGAAGCUUCUGCAAAUUACUUCAACCUACCUCCCAGCGGCCCUCCAGCCGUGGUUAACAUUGCCUUGCCACCUCCUCCUGGCAUUGCUCCGCCACCACCUCCAGGUUUCGGCCCACACAUGUUCCACGCCAUGGGGCCCCCGCCUCCCUUCAUGAGAGCCCCAGGCCCCAUUCACUACCCGUCUCAAGAUCCCCAGAGGAUGGGCGCCCACGCGGGAAAGCACAGCAGCCCUUAGCACACCCCCCUACCCCCUCAGCCUUUAGGUGAAUGUUAUUUUCUAGUGACCACGGUAGGGCCGUAUGUUGAGCUGUGGGUGAGCUCGAGAAGCCUUGUUUCCCUGCUUGCAGACGCCGGGCGAGCCAAGCUCUGUGUCUCCACUAGCUAAUUGGGUCGUUGAUACAUCCC